AAUGAAAAUCGAAAUCAAAACGAAAAUUUGGGAUUGUGGACGUGGUUUAAACCAAACUAAACUAAAACUCUAACAUAUGGUAUGGCUUCAAUCACCACUAGAAUGGUGAAGGGGAUUUUGCUAUUACACCUCUCUCCCACACCCCCCUCCUUUUUGUUCCCCGUUACUCGCAAUCUUUCUCGCCCUUUCUUCCUCCCCUCUCUUCAAUCAAAGCGUUCGCACUCCGCCACUGCAAUUCGAUGCGCUUCCUCAGCUUCAGAUUCUGGGAACAAAGUUUCCUCCCGGUUAUCACAGGUUCAGCAGCUUCUCCAAGAAGCCGAACAUCGAUCUCUCUCCGCCGAUAACAAUGGCCCCAUUCCUAAAAUCACUUUGGAUCAUGUAACGGUGAGCUUUGCUAGAAGUGGAGGACCUGGGGGUCAGAAUGUCAAUAAAGUGAACACCAAGGUUGAUAUGCGGUUCAAUGUUGGAAAUGCGUAUUGGCUAAGUGAAAGAGUCAGGAAGAAGAUUUUGCAAAUGGAGAAAAACCGUAUUAACAAGGAUGGAGAGCUUGUGAUUUCUUCAACCAAAACUAGAACUCAGAAGGGUAAUAUUGAGGAUGCUUUGGCAAAGCUUCAGGAAAUCAUUGAUGCAGCAUCUUAUGUCCCACCACCUCCCUCAGAAGAGCAAAAGAAGAAGAUUGCAAAGUUGGCUGCUAUAGGAGAACACAAACGCCUCAAAAGCAAGAAAGUGCAAUCAGAUAAGAAAGCUCAAAGAAGAAGUAAAAGUAGUUGGGACUAAUGUAUUGAUUUUCCAGAAUCUUUAAACUAUUUAUCAUCUUAGUAAGUCAUUUAUUUAUCAAACCCACUAUUGCAAAAAAAUGUCAUUCUCAAUUUCUUA